UUUGUUGAUCUCCUUUUUAACUCCAUAUCCCCACGCGACUAGCCCUUUCAUCCUAGCACCUGCCUAAUUUAUCCUUACUAAGCUACUAAUAGUGGCGGAGGCAUUGGCAGCAAGGCACCAGCCACAGGCUUCAUUCAAGGCCGUACACACGAGGAUUUGACGUUAAAAUGCAGGCACACUUCCUCUUUACAAUGGGUGAGACUCCUUUUGCGCUCCCCGCACAGUACAGGGUAUCAAUCAUUGGAAGAACAUGGGUUACACCCACUACUACACCGUCCACAGCUGGGAUACGCUCGAAUGGCAGCAAGCAUGGCGCCAGCUACUGGAUGAAACGCGACUCAUCUUGGAAGCAUCCGAUAUUCUGCUCUCAGGACCAACUGAAGACGACGCCCCCAUCACGGCACCCGUCGUUGAUGAGAAAGAAGGAAUCUUCGUCAAUGGUGUUGCCGACGAUUCUCACGAGCCGUUCAUACUAUCUGCGGAAGGCGGAUGCUUUGUCAAGACGCUUAGGAAACCGUACGAUCUUGUGGUGGCGUGUGUGUUGUUGAGAGCGUUUAUGUUGGCGCCCGAUUGCGUGGAGGUGAAUUCAGAUGGCCGCUGGACUGACAAGGAGUGGAUCGAUGCGAUCGCUUUGUACAAACAGCUGUGGCCGAACGAACAGAUUAUGUGUCCCUGGGGUGAAGAAUUCGAAGAGCGCCGUCCAGGUAUCGUAUUAUCGGGAAGGCAAACCGACUCAUCUGCGACAGCGGACCCACUCAGCCGGUCUAUAAAAGGGCUCGAGCUUGCGUCACCGCCGCUGUUGCCAACGACUAAAGCCACGCGAUCCACUCUGAAAGACCUUGACCUGGAUCCCAUCAGCAACUGGCUCGCUACUUGCGACCACGACUCCGAGCACGCAGCCUGCAGAGCUAAGCCUAUCCUAUGGCAGCAGCUGCCGGGUGUAUCACUCAAGAUGAUCGAUGUUGAGCGAAAAUGCAUCGUGGAGGCACCGGAGCCUUGCUCCUUUGUCGCAUUGACCUACGUCUGGGGCAAUACAAAUCAACCCAAGCUCACAGCACAAACUGCGCCUGUGCUGAUGCAAGAAGGGGGACUCGACACGAUUUGGCCUGACAUACCCACGACAAUACGCGACGCUAUCUUGCUGUGUCGGAAUCUGGGGGAAAGAUAUUUGUGGGUCGACGCGCUCUGCAUCAAGCAGGACUCUAUACGCGAGAUGAAGAUUCAGAUUCUGCGGAUGAGGCAGAUUUACGCGGCAGCAAAGUGUACUAUUGCUGCGGUGUCUGCAGAAUCGGCUGACGUCGGUUUACUAGGUACGACUGUAAUCGAUCCUCCGAGUAGUGGCAUCAGUACUUGCGAAACAGUCGAAGACCUAGAAGACCUUCUAGAAUCCGCCCCCUGGAGCUCCCGCGCCUGGUGCUACCAAGAAAAGGUCCUCUCCCACCGCAUCCUCAUGUUCACCUCCGGAGGUGUAUACAUGCACUGUCAACGCACCAUCUUGACUGCCACCGGCACCCCUCUGAACCGCCGCGAUGGCACCCCAAGCACCAGCAGUACACCCCAAGCCCGCUUUGACUCAGUCGGCGGUAUGCUCUCCGUUCCCCUAGGCGAAGACCUAGAAUCCUACGUCUCAGCCGUGGAGUUCUAUUCUAAGAGGCAUCUCACCAACCUUUUCGACAAGCAGAAUGCAUUCCAAGUUUCGGCCUCCCCAUAUCCGCCUUCGAUCAGACCUUCUGCUGGCGCUCGCGCAAAUACCGCCUCCAGUCCCGCAAUCCGGCAUUCCCGAGCUGGUCGUGGCUUGGCUGGCAGGGCGGCGUGGAGUUCGAUAGAGAAAUGAUUCACGCUGCGCGAACGAACCAGAUGAUAUAUCCCGAGACUAUCUGGGGGAGGCACGAAGCGUACGCGGCGU